AUGGACCAUGACCGGGACCUGAGGGUCUCAGUAGGCCGCCACUGGCAUGUUCUUGUGGCGGUGUUAUAUGACCUUCCAGCGGCUUUGUCAGUGCCAUUACAGGAGCAUCUGGGACUUUCAGGUUCUCGAUAUGCUUAUCUUGUGUCGGCGCUUUACACAGCCUAUGCGGCCCCCAACACCAUCCUCCCAUUUUUCUCGGGGAUUGCUGUUGACCGAAUAGGCGAAAAACUACUUCUUUUUGUCACGCUGGGAAGUGUCCUAGUUGGGCAGCUGAUUUUCUCAGUCAGUGCACAGUUGAAAAGUCCGCCCGGAAUGAUCCUCGGGCGCAUAUUUAUUGGCCUAGGAGGAGAAAUUGUUGGCGUUCUUGGAAGUGAAAUCACGACGCGUUGGUUCAAAGACAAGCAACUAUCAUUGGCGUUGGCGAUGGUAUUAUCCAUCUCAAGACUUGGCUCGGUCGCAACGUCUUUUUUUAUACCUGGGAUCAUAGACAUUUCUGGUGUUGUGUAUGCUGUGUGGUUUGGAUCAUUGGUGUCCUCGGGGGUUGCCAUAGCUGGUGCCUUCUAUUUGCUAGCGGCACGGGGCAUUUCUUCAACGCACCACAACGGUCAAAGCAGUGAUACAACAAACCCGGUUCGUCAAUUUCCUCUUGUCUUCUGGAAAUUAGCUUUGAUAUGUGUACUGGGCUACGGGGGCAUCAACACCUUCCCUAUCUCCGCGCAGCGAUUCCUAGCCAAAUGGUUCUACGGUGGAGACCAGCGCAAAGCCGGAGCUGUCACGGGAAUACCGUACUUCCUGUCUGGGGCCUUGGUUCCAUUAUUUGGCCUUGUGAUGAACAUGAAAUUCUUCCAAAACUACCCGUUAUCUCUAUGUGCCACCAAUAUCAUGAUGGGCACAGCACAUCUGUUGUUACUCUAUACCGCGCAACCUAUUAUGCCCCUAAGUGUACUAGGGGUGGCUUACGCACUAUACGGCGUGGCUUUUUGGGCUGCUCUGGCUCGAUCUCUUCUCUCGACAGUGGAAUCUAAGUCGAAAAAAGCCAUACUGGAUACCAGUGACGAAAACCCCCAUGAUGAUACCAGAUAUGGAACUAUCAGGCCCCCCACGACAUCCUCUUGGGAUCUUCAUGAUGCCAACGAGAGAACAAACGAGCUCGAGGAAGCAGGUGCAGAUAGUCUCAUUACACUUGGCUACGGAAUUAUGACCAGUCUGAACAAUUUGAGUACGGCUGUGGUCCCGAUAUUUCUGGCCAAGGUUGAAACCCUCAUUGGCUUUAAAGGAUUGGAGCUGGUCUUCAUCAUACUCUCGUUGCUUGGACUUUGCACAUCGUUUCAAUUAUUGAUCACAGAGAUACUUUAG